AUAUGUAUGCAAUAGUUCGUCACUGUGCAGUACACCAAAGAGAGUCAUAUGAUGCUCCACAUUCGUGUUGGUUAAAACGACUCGAAGCAACACAGAGAGUUCAUUUCAAAGCUCUCCUUCCCGAUAAUAGUACGACUAAUCACCCGAGCACUCGAGGAUGAUUAAACAGAACGCGAUAGAUAUGCUAUGUUGAAGGAUGAAUGUUUGUAAUAGUGCCAUGAGAAUUGCAUGAAUAAAUUGCACUCUUCACCGGGGUGUACGUGUGUGCCAACCAGAGUCAACAACACCAGCAACAGCGAUGACGGGUCUUCUGAUCUGGGCAAACGACUUUGUCUCUCACUCUAGAACGUUUUUCCUUCGACAGUCCGGGGCGCGCAGUCGCUCAUUCUAGUGUGAACCGAGGCCGGAAACGGGUCUGCAACGACUCACAAAGCCGCCCAACAUCAACCAAGCUGGAAACAAUGAGUGCCUUAAGAGAACAGUAGCAAACAAAAAAGUGUCGUCAUCAGUGAAAGGGUCAAUCCCUUUUGAGUCGUGCGAAUAACAUAGUGUGUCGAUUCCGGCAAGUGAAACCAAGCAGCAGCAAGCCAAGUGUGCCAAGUUAGUGUUUAAGAGAUAGUUUAUCAAAUUCAGAAUAAAAAUGUCGAACAGGAAAGGACGGAAAGUCACGAGGACUGAUAGCGAUAUAGCAUGCGAAGAAGCGUCCAGGUUAACAGCCGAACUACAGGAAGAGGCAUCACCUGAGGAUGACGAUGGAAUGUGUGGGUAUCACGAUAUGCCGCCACCUCCCGAUGGCGGCUAUGGAUGGGUGAUUGUGUUUGCGUCGUUUAUGUGUAACAUGAUAGUGGACGGUAUCGCGUAUACCUUCGGUGUGUUUUUGAAUGAUUUCGUGGAGUAUUUUGGCGAGGGCAAGGGUACGGUUGCGUGGGUGGGCAGUUUACUUAGCGGUAUGUACUUAAGCGCAGGUCCAGUUGUUUCGGCCCUGACCAACAAGUAUGGCUGCCGGACAGUCUGUAUAGCUGGUAGUAUAAUCUCCUGCGUGGCAUUUGCUCUCAGUACCUUAAGCACGAAUGUGACCAUGAUGAUGCUGACGUACGGUGUCAUGGGUGGCAUCGGGUUCGGCUUCAUCUACCUGCCAGCGGUCGUCGCCGUUGGGUAUUACUUUGAAACGAAACGUUCCUUGGCGACCGGUAUCGCCGUGUGCGGUUCCGGCUUCGGUACCUUCGCCUUUGCACCGCUGGCCAACAUGCUGCUGGAGAACUUUGACUGGAAGAACUCCACCCUCAUAUUAGCUGGUCUAAUAUUGAACUGCGCAGUGUUCGGUGCUAUGAUGCGGCCACUCACUUAUCCCAAGGAGGACGACAAGGUGAAGCCCCUGAUGCAGCGAAUGUACGAAGAGAAACGCAUGCAGAUGGAGCGCGGCUCGAUCGGUGGUUCCUACUUUAUGGUCCAGCUGCCCGAUGGAACGAUGGAAAAAAGACUGAAAGCUCCGCUGAAUGCCGACCCCGGCGUACACUCGAGCCUGGCCCUGGACCAGUUGGCCGCACAACAGGGAGGAAUGCACGCGGUCGCCACCCUUCCCACAAUCACCGAAUCCAAGGUCCAGGAGCAAAACGGUUCUAGCAACUCUUCGUCCGAGUCCAGCCAAAUAGAGAUGAAGAAGCCACUGCAGAAGAAACGUAACACCAACUCCGAAUCCGAUGCCAACGAGUACGGCUCCAACAAUUUGCCGCGAAACGCCUCCCAACCGGCAUUCACUAGUCAUCAGUCAGGUAUUCCAAAGAACGGAUCCGUGCCAACGUUCGACCGGAUCCGCAAGCACUCAACAGGUGAAAGGUUUAAGCCAUCCUUGGCUGCCAUUAAGGCAAGCUCAAGAGGUGACGUUGGUAGCAACGGAGACGUACGUAAAUCUAUGCAUUUAAAAGUGUCACGCGGCUCUGUCAACGGCAGCAAAAAUAAUAACGCUGAAGAUUUAGACGAUGGCAGCAGCAUGUAUACGUCGAAGGCAUCGCUAAAGGCCGACCGUCCCGCCAUGGUGCGUCCGCUGAGUCGUAAGGAUAUCUUCUACUCGGGUUCCGUUACCAACCUCAAAGAGUACCAGUCGCAAAAGUCCCUCACCAACUACCGCAACUCGGUCAUUUCGCUGACCAAGUUCGAGCGUGACCACCGGAACGAUGUCCGCGUCGAGGACGUCGAGAAGGGAACGGAACAGUAUGAUCUGUGUCCGUGUUUGAAGCUUCCGGAAUCGUUCAAGAAUGCCAUCGGGGCGAUGAUGGACGUGAGCCUGCUGAAGGAUCCCGUGUUUAUGAUGAUCGGCAUUUCCAACAUUUUCGGCAUGGCGGGAUUGUAUGUGCCGUUCGUGUAUCUUGUGGACGCAGCAGUGCUUGAUGGAAUUGAACAAAACUCUGCCUCAUUCCUUAUCUCCAUCAUCGGUAUCACCAACACGGUCGGUAGGAUCGUUUGCGGCUAUGUCGCUGACUUCCCCAAGGUAGACGCACUGUUCCUGAACAACAUUUGUCUGGUCAUUUCCACGUUUGCCGUUUCGCUCACCCCGUUCUGCCACAGUUACGCCUCGUACGUGGUCAUGGCGAUUGCGUUCGGAAUCGCAGUUGCCGGUUACAUUUCACUGACGUCAAUUAUUCUGGUCGAUCUGCUGGGUCUGGACAAACUCACCAAUGCGUUCGGGUUGCUUAUUCUGUUCAGAGGAGCGGCCACGAUUGUCGGAUCGCCACUGGCGGGUGCACUGUACGACGCUACACAAACGUACUCGAUACCGUUUUUCGUUGCCGGAGGCAUGUUUGGGCUGUCGGCUAUUUUCAGUUUCGCUGCACCGGCCAUGAAGAGAUUCCGCAAACCGGAGGAAGCACCUGUGCACGUUGAAGUGUUGACACCCAUCGACGAAGAACCCUCGGAAGAUUUGGCCGACGACGAUCAGCCCAUCACAAUGGUUCCGAAAAUUGUCCAAACAGCCCCAAGUCCAUCCUCGGAACAGCCAACCAUCACAGUCAACGGAAGCGGGAACCACAAAGACGCCAGCAAAGAAGUCCCCCAGAUGGAAUCAGUACUGUAAUUGCCACUCUCACCGUAGUGACGGUCCGGUCAUCAAAUUAACAAAACAAACAAAACAUGCGUUUUGCGCGCGCUUGUGCUUACAAUUGUACAUUUAUGAUGUAGAACAACCGUGUUUUGAUUAUGUUUUAUUUAAUUGAAACAGAAGAAACAAAUGAAACAGUGUCAUACAAUGAAAAGUUGCCUGUCAAGAUACCAAUCAGAGACAAGAAAAAACCUAACAUAGUUUGCUAGCUGAUCUAAGAGCGAUGUGUGAUUCUAUUGAGUGUGUGCAUGCAAAAUUUUCUGUGCGUUAUUCCUAUGUAUAUUUUUAAAAUUUAAAAAUUCACAUAAACGAUGCGGUGUGGACAAAACCAAAACCGUUGUGGAAACAAAAUAUAUAAAGCUAAUUUAUGCCAAUCUAUUCAAAUCUGAAGCCAAUGUUUACGAAAGUCGCGAAGUAAAUUUUAUUAGGCAACAUUAAAUGAGAGGAACGAGAGUAUUAAGUUGGUACUAAGUUUAUAUAGGAAACAAGUGAGCAGAGAAAACCGUGAGGAUAGUGUAAGUUUACUCAAAGAUAGGAUAUAUGAAAGUUUUUAACAUGGAUAGCUGGCAUAAAAAAAGGUAGGAUAAAGCACUUGAAUCGGCAACAAAACAUAAACUUGAACCACGUAAGCGCAAAAAUGUAUGGAAACAUGAAAUACAAAGAAUUUUAUUUCUUUAGAAUAUACAAAAGUACCAUAGUAUAUUUUGAUAUUUCAAAAAACAACAAAAAAAAAUGCUAUCCGACAACCGGGUCAGUUUACUCCACUCGUAGAAGCUGUAAAAAAUCUAAAACAAUAGCUAGUUACCGCUAAAAGCUCAUUCGCCGUGCCGUGCUUUUGCUUCGAUUCACAACUACACACUGAAUCUAUCGGUGAAUCAUUCACAACGUGCGCGCGUCUCAUUCCAGUAGUAAACUUUUAAAUUGAUCGACAGAAAUCAGCACGCGUCUGCAGCAGAUCAUUGGUUCACCCACAUUAUUUUAUACAUAUCAAAAGCUGACCCUUUGCGCUGUCACAGUUUAUCCCUUUGUUAUAUAUAUUCUGCCAACUGAGGCACAAACCAGUUUAAAAUCGACCUGGUGUAAAUAGUCAUGCUUGCGUUUAAGUCACCAACGGAUAAAAAAGUCACGCGAUAUCGGCCAUUAUAUUUUUGUUAAUUUGUUUAUGUUUGUUUUUUUUCUCACUCGCAUGAAAUGCACGGCGAAUGGUUCGAAUUCCCGACAUUAGUUAUUAUACCCAAGCGUUCGUCAAGUGUCGAAAAGAUAUGAUGGAAUCUAGAAAACUGAUGAAAAAACAAAAAAUAACAUUUGUUGAAAAAAGCAUAACACAAAGCUAAAACCAAA